AUGGCUGUCGUUUUGCAAUCUGACGACAACAGUUAUUUCCAGACUGGAGGUCUGAGGAGGUCACAUUCACAACCCAAAUUCGGUUCACAACAUUCCUCGACUCCCUUCCGCCAGUCCACCUCGGCCUCACACAUAGCCGACUCAUACAGCCACCAUAUGAAGCACUCGACAUCACCCACGUCGGUGGCGAUCUUCUCGGAUUCGGAAGACGACACAGAAUUCUCGUUACCCAACUAUGCAAGCAGCAACAGCGUCGUCACUGGCUACUCUUCCAGCGAACUGGACGACAUGGAGGCACCAUCAAGUCCAAGGACCGGCGACACGUCCAGCAUAAACGACGACGACACAACUCCAACGGAGGACUCCUCGCAUCCCAUUACCCCGUCUGAGCACGCCGAUGAUGACCUGACUAUGAGUCAUCGUCCUAAGCAGCACGUUGAUUAUCUUUCUCACAACUGGCGAGAGGAGGACAUUUGGGAAUCCUGGAAGUAUGUCGUGGCCAGGCGACAGGAAUACGGAAACUCAGCACGCCUUGAGAAUGCUUCUUGGAGGACGUGGAUGAAGGCAAAAAACAACUUGCCCACCGUAUCUCCGGAAUCUGUUAAUUGGCUCAAGGACUGUGACGUGACAUGGUUGUAUGGCCCUCUGCAGAUGGCCUCGAGUAGGUCUGACCCGGUCGAGAUCUCACGCCGUCAGAGUGAGAGGCCCAAAUCGACCACCACGGACAAGAAGCCUAUCCUUAAGAAAAGAAGCAUGUCGGAGGUUAUGCUGCAGAGGUCGAUAUCGACGUCCUCUCUGGUCAGACAGGCAGCCGCUGCUGUGCAGGCGCAACAAAAAGAAGGCGUGCUGAGGCCGUCAGCCCGACCGAGGCUGGAAAGAGCAGCGACGGAUUACAUUACUUUGCCACUUUCUUCUAGGAAUCUUAGCCCAGGAACUGCUGGGUCGAGCCACGCCGCCAGCAGUGCCUCGUCUCGACUUGAGUCGCCCUCUGGCGAGAGGAAACACAUACAUUUCAAAGAGGAGGUCGAGCAGUACAUAGCGCUUGAUGUCAGGGGCGACGACGAUGAUAACCUGGGUCAUGUUGAUGACAGUGACUCGGAGAACGAAGCACUCAUGAUGAGGCGUACCAAAAUCAAGAAGAAGAGGCCUAUUCUCCGUAGAACCGGAAGCUCGGGCCAGGCGGAGAAGACAAUUGCGCCACUGCCUUCGACGACCCUCAAGUAUACGGGCUGUGAGGGGGAGGACGAUGCAUCAUCGGCUAUGAGACAUAGUUAUCGGAGUCCGACAUUGACACCCUCUUCGUCGCAGGAGACUUUGAGGCCAACCAAAAGGGGUGGCGAUGAGUACGAGGACGAUGAAGCCUCAUGUUCUAAAACCAAGGGGAAGGGAAAGAAAUCGACUGGAUUUUCCUUCGCAUCCGACAGUGAGGACGACGAAAGCGACGAUGGAAUGCCUACCAUGGGCAAAGGCAAGGGCAAGCCAGCUCCCGCUGGCUCCGGACUGAAGCGUACCUCAUCGUCCGGUGGCCUCACGAAGCGAACAUCUUCAUCAACCAACCUCGCUGCCGCCGCAUCCUCCAUGUCCGAAUCGACAAGCAGCACUGGAGGCAUGCGACGGACAGAAUCCGGUAUGUUAAUGCCCUAUGAGGAAGGGGACGACUCAUGGGCGGCCCGGGAUGGUGGAAUUGUCGGACGGGUCAUUGAUACGUACAACACAGCACGAGAUAUUGCGCAUGUCAUUUGGAACGUUGGCUUGAUUCUAAUAUCGGCCCGGCCAACUGUCGGGAACUUGCUUCCGAGGACGAGCUCCAACCGGCAUCUAUGCAUGGCUGGCAUAUCACCCAUUACAACAUUUCAGUACCAGCAGCAAAGAAGCGAGGCCACUCUGGAUGGGAAUCUUGUCACGCAGGAACUGUACCAGGGGGCAGUGUGA